AUGGCCGCCUCCCGCGGGAGGCGAGGGCCCAGGCCCGACGGCGCCUGGGCCUCUCGCCGCUGGGCAACACCACCGCGCUGUCCCGGGCCUCCGCCGGCGUCUCAGGCCGCAGCCGGGCGGUGGCAAGGGGGUCUGCGAGCGUCCCGCCGGCCCAACGGCACCGCUCGCGGAGGAACCGCCGCCGCCUGCUCGCAGCUUCCCCUCCCCCGCGGAGUGAGUGACACGCACAGGAAGCGGGCCCGGCCCGGCCCCGCGGCGCCCCGGGCACGGGCACGCGGGAGGCGGCCCCGGCGGAGCCGGUCCCGCUGCCCGGGCCGCUCUGGCACGGCCGGUGCCGUUUCUGCGCGCUGCCAGGCGUUGUUACUCACCUCGGCUGUGCCUUCCCUAGUCGCGGCGUGCUUGCCAGAGCCGCGUUCACUUCCCCUCGCUGCCCUUUGUGUCCGCUGCUCGUGGCGGUCCUUGUGCUCUUCUGCAGCCCCAAGCGCCCGCUCGUCAUCCCUUCAGCAGGGCUCACUGGCAGCGUGGCGAUCUCCGCUAGAACAUCCUCGCCCGAACAUCUAG